AUGAGGUGCCCACAUCCAUCCGGGAGUGGUGCUCCUUGCUUUCGAUGCGAGCCACCUGCAUCCACCUCCAGUGCCCCAGGGGUUUGUCCUCCCUCCUUUCAGCACCAGCUGCCUGCCUCAGUCUCCACCCCAGAGAUUGAUGUUCCCUCCUUUCAACCGGAGCCACCUGCCUCCAUCUCCACCCCAGGGAUCAGCGCCCCCUCCUUUCAACGUGACCUGCCGGCUUCUGUCUCUGCCUCACAAAUCGGCGCUCUCUCAUUUCAACGUGACCCGCCAGCCUCCGUCUCCGCCUCACAAAUUGGCGCUGCCUCUCAACGCGACCUGCCUGCUUCCAUCAUUCCCUGCUUUCAGCACACACCCCCAACUUCUACCACGCCGAUUCCCAAUGUGCAGGAUGCUCAACCCCCCCUCGAUGUUCAACUGCAGCCGCCCAACGGCGAGAGAAUUCCAUCUCCUGCUGAUACCCCCUACACAUGUGCAGGCUCGAAGAGGCGACAUAGAGAUUUUGUGACAAGCUUGGAGAUGGCCGUCAAGGAGAAUGAGAAGGCGAAAGAUGAGGCUCCUGUUGUCCAUGACCCCCCUAAACCCACGCCAGAUGAAAUGGUCCGCGUCCAUCACCAACUCUUGAAAAUCUCCGCCAGCGAGUACUCGACAUAUGCAGCCAUGGCAUGUUACGUGGCAGCCCUGACCAGAAAUAGGUACGAAGUGGAGAAAGCAUCCGUCAACGCCGUUCAUGAGGCCCAGGAUGGGUUCGCCCAGGUGGAGUCAAAGAUUCAGUCUUGGCUUUGA